AUGUCGACUCGAAGAAGCCGAUCGGCGGCAGCGUGCGUGUUCUGCCGCCAGAAAAAGUUGAAGUGUGAUGCACAAAGACCUCAGUGCGGCAACUGUGUGGCCAAGGGAAUCGAUUGCCAGGUAGGGGCUGUGCACCAAAAGCCAAGACCAACCAAUCACCGCAUUGCAGAACUAGAGCAGGAGAAUGACAUACUUCGACGGCAAUGCACUCAGCUACGGAACAGAAGUGCCGGUCCGUCUGGGAGAGUGCAGUCAAAGCAAGCAAGUCCCAUUACGGUGGGUAGCCCAUCUACAUUGGGUAGCUCAUCACGAACUCCAUUGCCAAUUUCAAGAAUAGGAGGGGGCAUCGGUCUCUCGCGAAAUGAUUCUUCCAAUGAAAUUAGAGAUGCAUCGCAUCCAGAGGUUCCGGAAAACGACCGCAGGAAUAUAUCGCUGUACCAUGGUCCAACGAGUACAGUUUAUGAUGAUACGAGUCCAAACUAUACUGAGCAGAAUCGACCACCUUCGGAUGAUCAUUCCAAUGAAGAGAUGAUACGGCAUCUUCUUUUCUCUCAGACCGCAAGGCAGAGACAACUCGAGCCUCUCAAUCUAGCUGCAGGAAGACUAGACUUUGAUGGGGUCGAUCCCGAAAUCGGCAUGCAUCUCCUCUCCAUAUACUGGAGUCGUCAACUCUACACAGCGCAGAUAAUCUACCGGCCAGCAUUCAUGCGAGACAUGGCCUGCGAAGGACCCUACUUCUCCAAGUUGCUAUUGAAUGCGAUAUUCUUUGUAGUAUCGAAACAUUGUGACAGUCCCGAGCUUCGCUCGGACCCAAAUGACAUUACUACCGCAGGAUGGAAAUUCCGUCAACGGUUUACCCAGCUUCUCCGGGAUUGCUUCGAUAAAAGUGAAAUCACCACUCUUCAGGCAUUGCUGAUUAUGUCUAAUGCGCUUUUCUCGCGAUGUGAUGAGAGGAGUUUAUCGUGGCUUUAUGCCGGCAAUGCGUUUAAUAUGUUUAUUGAUCUCGGAUUGCAUGUGCUCCCUUCCCCCGAUGGUAUUCCUGCUGAAGAGCUUGAAAUCCGGAAGCGAGUACUUUGGGGUGCAUAUUUAAUUGACAAGAUCCAAUGCCUUUUCCAAGGAAGACCGCCCCUUCUCAAUCAUGUCAACAUGAGGGCAUCUUUGGACUUCUUGGAUGAUUAUGACGAAUUGGAGCCUUUCCAGGAUAUUUCAUAUACGACAAACAAGCCAUAUAAGGUGGUUCCAUCAUUGAAUGUAUCUUUGCUUACCAAAUUCUGCGAAUUGACAACGAUCGUCGAACGUAUCCUAUGCGAAAUAUACUCCGAAUCCCGAGAGUCGAGUCCUGCCCACAAAGAGAGUGUCUCAGAGGAUAUAAAGUCCCAGUUGAGAAGAUGGCGACAAAGCCUGACGCCUCAGCUUGAUUACCUAUCCUUUCCAGACCAAUCGGUUCUUUUGCCUCAGUCUGCAUGUCUCCUGGCUCUAUUUAACGUGUUGGUCAUUCUUGUGCAUCGCCCAUUAAUCACAGGAGGCCAUGGCGGCGUGAUCAAUUCAACAACCGCCCACGAGUCAGUAAACGCCUGCACGUCGGCUGCAAAUCAGAUUGUUCAAAUUUUGCACGACUACUCCCAGCAUUUCUCAUUAAGCAGUGCGCCAUAUAUGUUGUCUUAUGCCACCUACAUCAGCGCAACGAUCCACGCCCGAAUAGUUGCACAGAAGGGAAGCAAUUCUACUGUCUUUCAAUCUCUGGCACUCUGCCGCAAUAUCCUAGUCGAGCAUACACGUCUCUAUGCUGCAGCAGAGAAGGCCAAGGAGAAUCUGGAUAAGCUGAUUACUCACCUGGGGAUUAGCACCCCGGAUGACAACCAGCGCACAAGUACUUCUGUGCACAGUCUACCAGGUGAAAGUGUUGUUAUGGACGACUCAAACAUUCCCACUGGCGAGCAAGGAUUUCCAGACCGGACCGUUGGCUUUGGGUCUCCUUUACUGAAUUUGGAAUUGUCCGAUCUCGACCUUGAGGCGAUUGCUCAAGGCUUCCAGGUGGAUGUCGAAUCACUCUCCUUUUGGCAUUCUCUAGGUGCAUGA